GGGUACGUUUGAAUUCAAUUGUCAUUUUAAUGUUAUCAAUAAAAUCAUACAUUUUUGUUAAUGUGUGAAUGUUAUUGCGUCCAAUAAUAUAGGUAGAAACAUUAGGUAAACCCCACGGCAAUUGUGACAAGUCUCCGAGGCUUAAGAACUACGAAAUAUACACAAUGGCUGGGUGUUUACUGGAGUGCCGGCAUAAACACAUCGUCAAUGAGUGUGGUUGCAGACCUAUUCGAUACCCAGGUGAUGAGCCAGAAUGUACCCCAAAGGAAACAGAGGGCUGCGCAUCAGAUGUGCUCAACAAACUGAAAAGCGGAGUUCUAGAAGAAUGCGACUGUCCAGUUCCGUGUGCGUACACGUCGUUCUCAACGUCCGUCACGUAUGCUGACAUUCCUAACCUAUCUGUUGAGAAUGAAUUGUACUCUUUUUAUGAAACUUCUUCACCAUACUUCUCGAAGAAUUAUAUCUUGCUGGAUGUAUAUUAUGAAGAGUUGAACUUGCAAGUCUUCAAACAAACUCCAGCAAUGACGUUCUCAGCUCUUCUUAGUGACAUUGGAGGUCAAUUGGGUUUGUUUAUUGGCGGAAGUGUUAUCACUAUCUUUGAAGUUGUUCAGUACUUUUCAAUGAAGGGUCAUUCUGUUUGCUGUAACACAAGCAGGUCUACUAAAAGUAAAUCGCAUCCAAAUAGUUCCGGUGUAUCUGGUCCAGUAUCGGUCGACAACAAGGGUACUGUCGGUGACCAUGUCACAUUGGAAAUGAUCUGACGAUAGCGAAUACGAAUACAUGUCGACUUCUCCGACAACCACCGCAAAGACAUUUAGCUAAUAAACCUUUCUGCAUAUCAGUCUGAUAUAACAAAUGACCAAUCAGAACAAGGCCAGAAUUAACAUUUUGUUCAGCAACGUUCAUGGGCGGGUUUUGCAAAGGGAAGGCUGGAAUAUUUUAUUUCAAUUAACAGAUUGUCAUAUUGUUGUGUUACAUGUAGUUAAUGAUGAUUUAUUAAGAAUACGGGACAACUCAAUUGCGUUUCCUGUAAACUUAAUGAUGAUGUAUUACCUUUAUAUAUUACUGAAGUACGUGUUUCUUCAAACCAAAAUUUAUUCGUUGCAUAGUUACAACAUCUUGCUAAAAAAAUUAUAUAUCACUAUUAUAUUAUAUAUCACUGAUGAUACAAACAUACCAAAACUAAUCGUAAUAAUAAUCUAUACCAAAUAUACUAUUAUAGUGUAACAUCCGUAUUCUUAAAACAAACUUUAGUCGAACUUCGAACUAGAACUUCAUUUAGUGCUAGUUUCAACUUCAAAUUCAAUUUGUAUUCACAAAUAACGUAGUCGAAGAUUUAACUACGACUAAAUCAAGUCCUAGUUUUAGCCAAGACUAUCAAACUAACAAAUAAAAAGGGCUAAAUUUAAUAGAAGACGAAAUUUUAGAGAUCCGGUAACGCGGAUGAAUAUGAAUAUUAUGCUGCCGUCUGUGGUCGGUUCAAAAACGCAAUUCCUCAUAAUUCAUAAUAGACCAUCAUUCACUUAAUUAAUUUUCUAUAAUAUUAGUUGUUAACAUAUUACGAUAGAGAAUUUGAAUAGUCACUGAAAAUUUGCUUUCUUUGGAGAACUAUUAUAG